AUGAAGUUCUCGCAUUCCUUACAGUUCAAUUCUGUACCGGAAUGGUCUACCAAGUAUCUGGCGUAUUCGCAGUUGAAAAAACUAAUCUAUUCUUUGCAAAAGGAUAAGCUUUACAGUAACAAUAAGCGCCAUGUUGUGGAGCCAGGCGACACCGAUGAUGAAAAUCUGCCGCUAUUGGCAGAUGCGUCUCCAGAUGACCAAUUCUACAUUUCCAAAUUUGUUGCUGCCUUAAAUCAAGAAUUGAAAAAAAUCGAUAAAUUCUAUAUAUCUCAAGAAACAGGUCUUAUCGCUAACUACAACGAAUUGAAGGACGAUGUCAUGGAACUGGAAAACACCAACAAGGCCACCCAAUUGUUCAACCAGCAGCAACAGCAUCAAUCGCAAAGUGUUGCAAGAAACAGGAAGUCUAAGUCACAACAACGCCAAAGAAGGUUUAGUAGUGUCUCCUCUACGGACUCCAACCCCUCUUUGACGGACAUGUCCAUCGACUCUGCACCCGUCAUCCAUACGCAGGUCUCGAACGCGACUAAUAACGGGAACUCAAUACAAAACCUGGCCUCUACUUCAAUGUCGCUUUCUAACUCUAACCCGGUCUAUCUUUCUCCUUUCACCCAGCAUAGGCUGUCUUUGAAAAAAAGAUUGAUAUCGAUCUAUACCCAGUUAUCCGAGUUGAAGGACUUUAUUGAGUUGAACCAAACCGGGUUCUCCAAGAUUUGCAAGAAAUUUGACAAGUCCUUGAACACGAACUUGAAGCAGAACUACUUGAACUAUAUUAAAUUCCAUUCGCAUGUCUUUAAUCCUGCUACAAUAAAUAGGAUUCAGCAUCACAUUACCGAGACCAUUCUCACUUAUGCCAGCUUGAACAAGGGCACGCGCCGAUUAUCCAACACGUUUAACUUGGACGCUGACCGGAUCAACAAUGAUGAAAACGGCGGUGGUAACGAAGAAGAUGAAGAUGGUAACAGGCAAGAAGUCCUCGAUUUCCAGGAUGCCGAACGUGAAUUGUCCUCUCAUUUGAGAGAUCAUGUCGUUUGGGAAAGAAACACUGUUUGGAAGGAUAUGAUGAAUUUAGAAAGAAAGUACCAAUCUGCCAAGACCGACAACAAGAAAUUUUCGAAGUUAAGUUCCAGUCAAUUGCGCCCCAGUGCCAAUAUUACCGAAUCCAUGGCAAUGUCAAGUGGCGGUGCCGGUAUCAUUGCUCCAUCGACGGACUCUAUAACUUUCCAUGAACUCAUGCAUUUGCCGCCCAAGCAAUGGUUAAAAUUCAUUAUAAGCCAAACUUCGUUUUUAAAAUUUGUAUUAAUCACCUCGUGCUUCAUCGCAUUAUUAACUUUUAAUUUGACCCCGUUCACCAAAGAUUCUCUACAGAAAAACUGUUUCGCCAUCUUAAUAUAUGCAUCUUUAUUGUGGGCCACUGAAACAAUCCCCCUUUUCGUGACCUCUCUAAUGAUUCCUCUGCUCAUUGUGGUGUUCCCCGUUAUCAAGGACCCGGCCACCUCCCAACCGAUGUCUCCCCGCGAUUCUUCUCAGUUCAUCUUAUCGACAAUGUGGUCGAGUGUCAUCAUGCUUUUGUUAGGUGGGUUUACUUUAGCAGCUGCUCUUUCCAAAUACAACAUUGCCAAAGUCCUUUCUACGCACAUUUUGGCUUCCGCCGGUACAAACCCGCAUUUUAUUCUUCUAACAAAUAUGUUUGUAGCGCUCUUUGUCUCCAUGUGGGUUUCUAAUGUCGCUGCUCCCGUCCUUUGCUAUUCAAUCGUUCAACCCUUGCUCAGAACACUACCAAGAAACUGUUCCUAUGCCAAGGCUCUAAUUCUGGGUAUCGCUCUUGCCUCCAAUAUCGGUGGUAUGUCUUCUCCCAUCGCUUCUCCUCAGAAUAUUUUUUCUAUUGGUAUAAUGGACCCUUCGCCAUCUUGGGCCGAAUGGUUUAUGAUUGCGCUACCUGUGUGCUUCAUUUGUAUCAUGACAAUUUGGGUACUAUUGAUUAUAACCUUCCCCCCUGAGCCAAAUGUGAAAAUUUUGCAACUGCAUCCAUCCCGUGACCCAUUUACUCUGAAGCAAUGGUUUGUCACUUUAGUUUGCAUUAUAACAAUUAUUCUUUGGUGUCUUUCUAACCAAAUUUCCGGUAUCUUUGGUGAAAUGGGCAUUAUAUCUAUUAUACCCAUUGUGGUCUUCUUUGGUACUGGUCUCCUAACCUCGGAUGAUUUUAAUAAUUUCAUGUGGACCAUCGUUGUUUUGGCCAUGGGAGGUACCACUCUAGGUAAAGCGGUAAGCUCAUCCGGUUUAUUGUCCACAAUGGCACAGCUAAUUAAGGCACAAGUUGAGCAUGAACCGAUCUUUAUCAUUGUGUUGAUCUUCGGCCUCGUGAUUCUCGUAAUGGCCACUUUUGUCUCUCAUACUGUUGCAGCAAUGAUCAUCGUCCCGUUAAUGAGUGAAAUCGGUUCCAAUUUACCUUCAGGUGAUCAUUCCAGACUACUGAUCGUUAUAGCCGCCCUAUUAUGCUCCAGUGCUAUGGGUCUUCCGACUUCUGGUUUCCCCAACGUGACUGCUAUUUCAAUGAUCGAUGAAGUCGGUGAUAGGUACUUGACCGUGGGCACAUUCAUUACGAGAGGUGUACCGGCCAGUUUGUUAAGUUACGCCGCCAUUGUCACUGUGGGAUAUGGUAUAUUGAAAGUGAUGGGGUUCUAG